AUGAGCUUGUCGGCACCGACACCUACAUUUAAGGUUGGAUUAACACCGGAAGAGAAAACAUUUUACACGCAGUUAUUCAAAUUCCUAGACCCUGAAAAUAGUGGAGUGAUAACUGGGGAAAAAGUAAGGCCUACUUUUGAAAAGUCCGGUUUACCGCCAACAAUUUUAGGUGAAAUAUGGCAGAUUGCUGAUCAAAACAAUUUGGGGUUUUUGAACCAGUAUGGGUUUUGUUGUGCCAUGAGAUUGAUUGGGUAUGCUCAGGCUGGUCACCAUCCCACUCAGGGAUUGGCAGAUACACCAGGUCCAUUGCCAAAAUUUGCCGAUUUGAGCAUUCCUCAACCAAAAACUCAAUCACCCAGCAACUUUACUUCUGCUGCUACUGCUGGUGCUGCUACCACUAAUCCUACUGCUCAAUCUGGUAAUUUUCAGGACCAAAUUUUCAAUGCGGUAUCCCCAUCAGACUAUGACAAGUUUUUGCGAUUGUUUAGCAAAACCGUGGGAUCAGUUCAAGGCGAGUUGAGCGGCUCUCAAGCAAAGGAUAUAUUCCUAAAAGCUCGUUUACCCACCCCAGUGUUGGGGCAAAUUUGGAAUUUGGUUGAUAGGAAUAACUCGGGUGCUUUGAAUGCUAGUGCUUUCAUAAUAGCUAUGCAUUUGAUUCAAGGAUUAUUGAGCAAUCAUAUCAAACAAUUACCUUCUUUUUUGCCAGACUCUAUUUGGCAAUCAGUUGAAGGAAAAGACCAAAACAAACCGGUUCCACUUCCACAAAGCCAGGGCCAUAGUCAAAGUCAAAGCCAAAGUCAAGGCCGAAACUCUUCGCGUCAAACAUCAACUGGCUCAGUGAGUUCUCAGCAGACAGCCAUUCGCCACCCAUCGGUAAGACCGCCAUCUUCUAGUUAUGCUUCUGGAGAAUGGGUUGCUACCCCAAGUAUGAAGGCGCAGUAUGAUGCAAUCUUUACUAAUCUAGACAAGGACAAUGCUGGUCACUUGAAUCCCGACCAAGUUGCAUCGUUUUUGAUGACUUCAAAAUUGAGCCAACAAGACUUGGCAUUAAUCUGGGACUUGGCCGAUAUUCAAAACACCGGACUUUUCACAAAAUUGGAAUUUGGUAUUGCGCUAUUCUUGGUGAAUAGAAAAACAGGAGGAUAUAUUUUGCCAAAUGUGAUUCCCGAUUCUCUAAUUGAGUCAUUGAAAGAUCCAUCUUCUAAUUUUCAACAGCAACAACAACAACAACAAGUGCCACAGAUGAAUAGCGGUAGUCAUUCAAGUCAUACAUCUCCAAUAAAACUGCCAACUAAACCAAAAUCCUCUAUGGAUGAUUUGGUGGAUAUUUUUGGAAGCACCUCGCCGCUGCCUGUUAUUCAUUCUACUGCUCCUGCGAAAAAACAAGGCUUGAAUCAAAGAACGUCAAGCUCUGACUUAUCAAACUCAGAAGUACCCAAUGUACGUUCCAGCUUAAACAGUAGUUUUAAACCAACCUCAAGUUUUGGUCAAUCAUUGAUGCUGAAACAACAACAACAACAACCGGCACCAGCAACUACGUAUUCGUCAUCGUCAUCAACAGAAAAGAAACAAGAUGAAUUUUGGGGCAAUGAUAGUAAAGCGAAGGAUGUGAAACCCCAACUUUCUGCGCCUUCCGAACCUACCUUAACGGUUAAUUAUGAUGCGUUGAGAAGUGUGCCACCUCCGCCUAGCUCUAGACAACCGACUAUUUCAACGAAUGCUGGCAAUGAGAGAUCUGUUUCUCAACAACAGCAACAGCCCCAACCCGCUGCUAGUAAGAACAGUGACUUGUUGGCAGACCCAGCUACUUCUGCCCAAUUAUCACAAGCUUCUUCCGACUUGGCAAACGUUUCAAAUCAAAUCAAUUCUCUUCGCAAUCAAACAACUAAGUUGGACGAGAAGAAAACUAAAGCAGAACAGGAACUCAAGAGAUUGCUCAAUGCAAAGAGUGAAUUUGAAAAUAAACUCAAGAAUUUGAGGACAUCUUAUGAUAAUGAAGUGGCCCAAGUUAAACAAGUGGAGGCAAGUUUGGUUACUGCACGCGAAGAAAGUGAAGCUUUGAGAUCAGAAGCAUCGAUAGCUGAAGCAAGACUCAAUGCAUUGUCUACAGAUUUGCACGAGAAACAAGUAGCAGUUGAGAAUUUUCAAAAGGAGAACAGCUCUUUGAAGGAAAAAUUGGGGACCUUAAAUGCGGAAACAGUGGAGCUUGAGAAGCAACUUGCUUUAAAAACAGCAGAUGGUCACAGUUUGCACAAUCAAGUCGCAGUUAGAAAAUCACAAGUUCAAGUUGUCAUUGUAAAGAAUGAGGAGUUGAAAAGUAAAAUUGCAGAAAUUGAAGAGUUACAUAAACAAUUGCAGUUGCAAAUAGAUAAUGCCGAAAAAGAGAGAGUAUUACAGGAGAAGCAACAGAAGGAGUUGCAAGCAAAACAAAGAGAAUUGCAAGAAAACAAGCCCACUAAACCAAGUACAGACUUUUCUGCAAUGGGAUUAGCAGCUGGCGUGGGUGCUGGUGUAGGAGCUGUUAUCAGCGGUGUUGCCAAUGUGGCAUCUCACGCUCUUGGACAAUCACCCGAUUCAAAUGAAACUAAAACAGCUUCAACAAAUGAGCAACUGCAGCAAAAACAACAGCAACUGCAACUGCAACUGGAACUGCAAGAGCAGCAGCAACAUGCUGAAGAUAAAAAAAUACGCAUUGCUAGUCAAGGUGUCAAGAACUUGUCAGUAAAUGAUCGAGCUGACAAUGUAACAAAUACUUCGUCUAUCACCACUGAUAAUGCAGACGAUGGUGAUACUCCGAUUACGUCACCUAGUAAUUCGGAGUUUCAGUUUCCUCAAGGCACAAAUGCUGGUAUUGCAGGCGGAAUGGUUGGUAUGCCAGGUGUACUAGUUGGAGUUCAAAGAACAGAAUCUUUGACGUCAAGUGUUCAAAACAAUGCUGCAUUGUCCGUGAGAGAUGAUAAUAUAGACGUUUCAGAUAGAGAAACGAUAGGUCAAGCACCAGAAGAAGCUCGUGACAGCGAUAAGGGGUCAUCGUCAUUCGAGUUGGUCAAUUCAGCAGAUGCUCGAUCCCCAGAUAACACCGAGUUCCCACCAAUUAGAGAACUUGACUAUCAAGAAAGUGAUUCAUCAGAUGAGGGAGAGUCUCAGCGUUUUGAUGAUGCAGCAAAUGAGUUUAAACAGCAGCAGCAGCAGCAACAACAACAACAGCAACAACAACAGAAGGAACAGUCAACCACGACGACACCAACCACAAAUACAACUACAACCCCUGCGCAUACGCAUAUCGAUUCUUCAUUAGAUGAUGAUGAGUUUAAUAAUCUCGAGCCAGCUGCUUUAGAGGAAGAAUCAAAUAAGGACUUUUUCAAAAAUGAAGAUUUUGACAAUUUAGAAGCGGCACAAGUGGACAAUGGAGGAGAUGUAGAUGACGAGUUUUACCAAGAAGAAGAAUUUCGUUUGAACGAUGAUUUCACCAAUUCCAACGCACCGGAUUUUGCGAAUGAAACUCCUACAAACACGAGCAAUAAUGAUGAAUGGGAACAAUUAUUUGCGGGAUUUGGAAAUGCACAGUCUCAAACUGAACAAGAAACAGAAAAUAUAGAAACAUCUUAUAAUAUACCAGGCAACUAUCCUGCAUCACCUUCUCAUGAUUCAAAUGAAAACUAUACAUAUGCUGUUCAAGAGUUGAUAGGUAUGGGAUUUGAUGAAACUACAGCUAGAGAGGCGUUAAAGAGCAAAAAUGGAGACUUAGAAGCAGCUACUAAUUAUUUGUUGGAUAAUGCUUAA